AUGACGCCCGAAGAAGCUGAGGCCAUUCUCAAAAAAGCCACACAAUCGAGCAAUGAUGACGCCGCCAUUGGCCCCUCCGAAGAGGCUAUCGUUGCCGCCAUCGAGACUCUGCCCGAAGCCGAACAGCAUUCACUCAAGCAUCACCUGUUAGGUCCUUCAUUGACAAAAGCUGGCCAAGAUGGCGUGGAUCAGAAGAAAGUAUCGGAGAUCAUCUACGAAGCAUCUAAAGGCUCGAAGUUCUUCAAUAAUGAAGAAAAGAAAGACAAGAAUCUGACCAGCAGAAUUGAAGGCAUCCUCAAACGCAAAGCCGAGCUCGAGAGACUGGACCUCAAACAUGAGCUGCGCAGGGCAGACGACUUCAUUGCAUCGCUGGAACUGUCUCGCGACCUUUCCCAAUAUGUCGUUCACAUCGACUGUGAUGCCUUCUAUGCAGCCGUGGAGGAGAUUGACCGACCAGAACUCAAACAUGUCCCUAUGGCAGUCGGUGUUGGUGUUGUCACAACGUGCAACUAUGAGGCCCGGAAGUAUGGUGUCAGGAGUGCAAUGGCAGGUUUCGUGGCGAAGAAACUCUGCCCGGAGCUCAUUAACCUGCCACUCAACUUCGACAAGUACACAGCCAAGGCCAAGGAGGUGCGCGCCAUCUUUGAAGAAUAUGACCCUCGCUUCGAAAGUUCGAGUAUCGACGAAGCCUACAUGAAUAUAACCAACUACUGUGACACCCAGCACCUCGACCCCGAAACCGCAAUUCAGCAGCUGCGAGAGGAAGUUCAUGAAAAGUGCAAAAUCACCAUCUCAGCUGGGAUCGCGCCCAAUGCCAAGAUCGCAAAGAUCUGCUCCAACAAGAACAAGCCAAAUGGCCAGUUCCGCGUACCUAACGAACGAGCAGCCGUGAUGGCCUUUAUGGAUAGUCUGCCUGUGCGAAAAGUCAAUGGAGUAGGAAGGGUACUGGAACGUGAGCUCGACGCCAUUGGUGUCAAGACAUGCGGCGACAUCUACCAGUACCGUGCGUACCUCGAUCGACUGUUCGGUCAAAAGACAUAUGAGUUUCUCCUUCAGACCUAUCUCGGACUUGGCCGUACAGACAUCCAUCCGGCUGAUGACUACGAGCGCAAAAGCGUCGGCACAGAAUCUACCUUUCGAGACAUCAGCACCAAAGAGGAUCUCAGGGCCAAACUUCGCCAUACUGCUGAGGAGCUGGAGAAAGACAUGGCCCGCGUCGAGGUGAAAGGACGCACUCUCUGCCUGAAGGUCAAGCUGCAUACAUACGAGGUCUUCACGCGACAAGUAGUGCCUCCUAAAGCGGUCAGUGUAGCCGACGAUCUCUACAAUUUCUCUCUGCCGAUGAUUGCCAAGCUGGAGAAGGAGUUCCCAGGCAUGAAACUGCGUUUGAUGGGUCUUCGCUGCACCAAUCUUAUUAGCACGAAAAAAGACAAUGGUGAUUUCUUUAAGCCGAGGAUUGCCAAGCAGCACCCCACAAACACCAACGGCAAGGGGAAUGAAGCGGAUGAGUGGGAAGUCUGGCCAGACGAAGAAUUCGAAGAAGCUGCACGGCGGGAGCGACAGGACGAGAUGGACGAGCUUGAAAGGCUGAGUCAAGAGCACGAAAAGAGUGGUGCAGACUGGCACGAGCCGUUCGGGCGGUACAAGUACAACAGCGCGCCUCCAACCCCGGAAAAGCACAAGCCACCAGCAGAGUCGGGCCGUGUUGAGGAAUUAUGGGAAUGUCCUAUCUGUGCUGUUCCUCAGCCCGCCAAUGACCGCGAUUUCAAUGCCCACAUCGAUCUCUGCCUCUCGCGACAAACGAUCAAGGAGGCGGUGGCAGAAGCUGCGCCGUCGGAGGAAGCAAAGCGAUCACGGAGGAGUAGUCCAGAAGUGCCAAACCGUCCACGGUCAGCGAUUGGCAAGCGAAAGGCCACGAUCGCCGCCGAGGUGCAGGGGCCGAGACAGAAGAAGUUGUUUUUUGCAUAG